AUGGCCCUUGGGAGCAUCGUGCUGAAAAAGAUUGUGAAUAGAGGUGAUGAUCACAGAGAUCUGGUGGUACCUCACACAAAUGCAUUGUCAUUUGUCUUGCUCUUCCUAUUUCCAUUGCUGCUGUCAGGAGUUUGGUUUCCCAAAAGUUUACCCUGUGAUGUUAAAGCCUCUGAAGGUACCGUGACAGUCGACUGCACUGAUCGACAUCUCCUGGAAGUCCCCAAAGGGAUCCCUGCAAAUGUGACCAACCUUACCCUGAGUAUUAAUCAUAUCCCCCAUAUCUCUCCAACAUCCUUUUCUUAUCUUCAAAACCUCAUGGAGAUUGACUUCAGAUGCAACUGUGUGCCUGUCAGAAUGGGGCCCAAAGAUCACGUGUGCACCACAAUACCAAGGAUUGAGAAUGGCAGCUUUUCUGCCCUGACAAGCCUGAAGUCAUUGUAUUUGGAUGCAAACCGGUUGCCAGAAAUACCCCAGGGUCUUCCCAUUAGUUUAAGUCUGCUGAGCCUGGAAGCAAACAGCAUCUUUUCUAUCCAGAAAGUCAAUUUUUCAGAGCUAGGAAACAUAGAAGCAUUGUAUCUGGGACAGAACUGCUACUACCGUAACCCAUGCAACGUUUCAUUUGAAAUUGAAAAUACAGCCUUUUUGGAGCUGAAAAAAUUAACAAUACUAUCCCUGAAGUCUAACAAUUUAACACACAUUCCUCCCAAUUUGCCAUCUACUUUAAAGGAACUGUAUAUUUAUAAUAACAUGAUUCAAGUGAUUCAAGAAUAUGAUUUAAGUGCCCUUCAGAACCUAGAAAUUCUUGAUCUAAGUGGUAAUUGCCCACGUUGCUAUAAUGCCCCAUAUCCUUGUACUCCUUGCCCCAAGAUUACAAUUCAGAUACAUUCAAAGGCUUUUUAUUCCUUGAAAAAUUUAAGAAUUUUACGACUUCACAGUAAUUCUCUUCAGAGCAUACCCAGCAGGUGGUUUAAAAACAUCAGGAAUCUCAAAGAGCUUGACCUGUCCCAAAAUUUCCUCAUGAAGGAGAUUGGAGAUGCUCAGUUUUUGAAGUCUAUCCCCAGCCUUGUAAUGCUCGAUCUGUCCUUUAAUUUUGAAUUGAAGAUGUAUCCUCCAUCCUUGAAUCUUUCUAAAACAUUUUCUUCCCUCUCUAACCUUGAAACCCUGAGGCUCAAGGGUUAUGUCUUUAAAGAACUGAGAGAAGGAAAUCUGGAUCCAUUGCGCCGUCUUAGAAAUCUAACGGUGUUGGAUCUUGGGACUAACUUUAUUAAAAUUGCUGACCUGAGAGUGUUCAAGGAAUUUCCAUCUCUUAAACUCAUAGACCUCUCAGUGAAUAAAAUUUCUCCUUCUUCAGCUGAAAGCAACUUUUAUGGAUUUUGCUCUAAUCCUAGGGUUUCAGUAGAGCAAUACAACAGGCAGCUAUUACAAGAGAUGCAUUAUUUCAGGUACGAUGUGUACGGGCGAAGCUGCAGGUCCAAAGACAAAGAGGCUGCUUACUAUGAAUCUUCAGUUAAGGAAGACUGCCUGAAAUAUGGAGAAACUUUGGAUUUAAGCAGAAACAACAUAUUUUUUAUUAACCCUUCAGACUUCUGGGGUCUUAGUUACCUCAAAUGCCUCAACUUGUCAGGUAAUGCAAUAAGUCAAACUUUAAAUGGAAGUGAAUUUAACUACUUGUCUGGAUUGAAAUACCUGGAUUUUUCUAACAACAGGAUUGACUUGCUCUACUCCACUGCUUUCCAAGAGCUAAAACUAUUAGAAGUUCUAGACUUGAGCUACAACAAACAUUAUUUUCUGGCAGAAGGUGUUACUCAUGUACUUAGUUUUAUGAAAAACUUGGCUUAUCUGCAGAAGCUGAUGAUGAAUGAGAAUGAGAUUUCUACCUCAAUUAGCACAGGAAUGGAAAGCCAGUCUCUUCGAAUUUUAGAAUUCAGAGGAAAUCGCUUAGAUGUUUUAUGGAAGGAUGGGAAUCCUAGAUACUUGUCAUUCUUCAAGAAUCUGACCAGCCUGGAACAACUGGAUAUUUCCUUCAACUCACUCAGUUUUUUCCCUAGUGCUGUUUUUCAAGCCCUGCCUCCAGAACUCAAGAUCCUCAACCUGACCAAUAACCAAAUGAAGAGUUUCAAUUGGGGAGCCCUCAGCUAUAUAAAGAAACUAGAAACUCUGGACCUCAGCAAUAACCUUCUGACCACCGUUCCCCGAGAACUGUCCAAUUGCUCUUCAACGCUCAAAGAACUGAUACUCCGAAACAACCGCAUUCGCAAGCUAACGAAGUAUUUUCUCAGAGAUGCUUUUGAAUUGAAAUACUUGGACCUCAGCUCAAAUGAGCUCCAAAUAAUUAAGGAAUCUAGCUUCCCUGAAAAUGUCAUUAAUAACCUAAAGAUGCUGCUUUUGCAUGGCAAUCCUUUCAAGUGCAAUUGUGAUGCUGUGUGGUUUGUUUGGUGGAUUAAUCAGACUCAAGUGACUAUUCCUCUUCUGGCCACAGAUGUGACUUGUGCUGGCCCAGGAGCACAUAAAGGAAGGAGUCUGGUUUUCUUGGAUCUGUAUACCUGUGAGCUAGACACCUCAUAUUUGAUCCUGUAUGCUCUGUCAGCUUCAACUAUCCUAGGCUUAAUGAUGCUCACUGUAACUAGCCAUCUCUAUUUUUGGGAUAUGUGGUAUGGUUACCAUUACUGCACUGCCAAGUUGAGGGGAUAUCGGCGUUAUCUUCCAGAUGCUUGCUAUGAUGCUUUUGUUGCCUAUGACACUGAAGAUCCAGCUGUGAAUGAGUGGGUGAUGAAAGAACUGGUUGAAAGGCUGGAAAAUCAAGAAGCCAGGCAGUUCAAUUUAUGCCUUGAACAAAGGGACUGGCUCCCAGGACAUCCAGUUUUUGACAACCUUUCCCAGAGUAUUCAGCUGAGCAAAAAGACCAUAUUUGUGCUGACCAAAAAAUAUAUUAAAAGUGGCAGCUUCAGGACAACAUUUUAUAUGGCCCACCAGAGGCUCCUAGAUGAAAAAAUGGAUGUCAUUAUCUUGAUAUUUCUUGAGAAGGUUUUGCAGAAGUCUCGGUAUGUUCGUCUGAGGAUGAGGCUCUGCAGAAGUUCUGUUCUGGAAUGGCCAACUAACCCUCGGUCUCAGCCUUACUUCUGGCAUUGCCUAAAAAAUGCAAUAGCCACGAGCAAUGCCCAGGCUUACAAUAAGCUUCUCCAAGAAACUGUUUAGCUUCCCUGUAAAUUUUGCUAUGUUCCAAGGUGAGCAAUAGAUCCUAAACUUCUCCUAGAGAAACUGUCAGAGCAUGGAGGAUAAAUGUGAUAUUGUACCCUAAAAUGAAAUGCGCGAUUAGUCCCAAAGCUGAUAGUACACUUUUUUUUUGCAUUGACAGGAUUAAACAGAAACUGUUGCCAGCACAG